CUCCUCUCCUCUCUCCUCCUCUCUCCAACUAUUUCCAUCCUCCUCCUCCUCCUCCGCGGCUGUCUCCCGCCGCGCUGACCCGCUGUCGACCACCGACCAGAGAGAGGCGGGGGACUGUACUAACGUUACCGAGGAGCGGGGACUUAAUGGGCGUCUGCGCGGACCGUGCACCGACCGAGGUCAAGGUGGGAGGUUCGGCAGUAAAUUGCUCGACUGGACGCUGAAGCCUGACGGAGAGGAGAGCGGACCUGACUGUGAGCAGCUGUACCGGGAGAGGCCUGACCAUGUCCACUGGAGCAAGAUCAUGACUUUACUCAAUGAGUCAGACGAGUCCUCCCCUCCCUCCUUCCCUCUCUCCUCCCUUGAGCACAAUUUAUCCGUCUUCGCCACCCAUGGCCCUUCAUACUCCCCCAUAUCCUUCCCCACCUCCUCAUCCUUCUCGCUGACGUCCUCCAACUGCACCAGCUCGUCGUCAGCCACCUCUCCUCCGUACAACUUCUACGCCGUGCUGCUGGUGCUGCUGAUCUUCUGCGUGGUGUUCGGUAACGUGCUGGUGUGCGUGGCAGUGUCGCGGGAGCGCGCUCUGCAGACCACGACCAACUACCUCAUUGUCUCGCUGGCUGUGUCCGACCUGCUGCUGGCCACGCUGGUCAUGCCCUGGGGCGUGUACCUGGAGGUGGUGGGAGAGUGGCGCUUCAGUCUCAUCCACUGUGACAUCCUGCUCACCCUGGACGUCAUGAUGUGCACCGCCAGUAUCCUCAACCUCUGUGCCAUCAGCAUUGACAGGUACACAGCUGUGGCCAUGCCGAUGCUCUACAACACCAGAUACAGUUCCAGGAGGAGGGUGGCAGUGAUGAUUGCUGUGGUCUGGUUUCUCUCUUUUGCCAUCUCCUGCCCUUUGCUGUUUGGACUCAAUAACACAGCCAGCCGGGAAGGCACCACGUGUAGCUUUGCCGAUCCGGCCUUCGUGGUGUACUCCUCUGUGGCUUCCUUCUACGUUCCCUUCAUCGUAACUUUGCUGGUGUAUGCGCAGAUCUGCGUGGUGCUGCGCAGACGAGGCAGACGCACCGCCCCGCCGCGCAGACACGGCCUGCACACACAAGGCGGGGCUGAGGCAGGAGACGGUCAUCGACACAGGAAGAAUAAGUGUACACAACCAGAGGAUGUGAAGUUGUGCACCCUGAUCCUGAGGCCUGCCACUGCCGGCCCACAGCGCAAGAAAGUGACCCUGGUAAAGGAGGCCGUGGUUCAUCCCCUCGAAGUCGAGCCGGGUCAGUUCCUGCCUCAGAUGGAGCAGAGCCUGGCUCCCCCUCCUGCCCCCCAGGCUUCCCACGCGGGACGGGCCAGGAUCUCCCUGGCUAUCUCAGUUGGACCUGCCCCGGUUCUUCCCUCAACCGUGACGAGAUCGGCCCUGAUGCCUCGCCCCCCAACCCUGGAGGACGGCAUGAGAGGCCGUGAGGGAUGGAGGGAGCGUAGCGGAGGCAGAGAGAGAUGGGGGAUUACCAAGGAGAGGGUGAGAGGGAGGUUGUCACAGCAGAAGGAGCGGAAGGCAACGCAGAUGCUCGCUAUUGUGCUCGGUGUGUUCAUCAUCUGCUGGCUGCCUUUCUUCUUAACACACGUGCUCAAGGCCCACUGCAGGAGCUGCUGUAUCUCGCCCUCACUGUACAGCGCUGUCACCUGGCUGGGAUACCUCAACAGCGCCGUCAAUCCUGUCAUCUACACCACUUUCAACAUCGAGUUUCGCAAAGCCUUCAUCAAGAUCCUGCACUGCUGAGAGCUGGAGAGAUGAGACGCAUCAACUGUCAAGAAAAAAAAAAACAGCCAGGCAUUGGUUUAAGAUCAGAGGUGAGAGAGUAGAAAGGAGGGGAGAGAGUAAAGAUAAAGAAUUGGGCUUGUUUUGACACAGAGGAGAAAGGGUGGGGGGUGGUGAGACAGUAGAUUGAGUGACUGAUGAGUUAAGUGAUACAAGCUUCAUGGAAAAUUUUAAGAUAAGGGAAACUGUAACCGGCAGCUCAGACAAGAAUGAAGAAAGACAGAAAUGACGGCACACAGCGGGAAUAAAAACUGUCAAAGGAAUUGCUUGACGAUCACAAAGAGAGUGUGUGGCAAGUAAAAGACAGCUACAAGAAACACAAACAAGGCUGGAGAUAAUAAUGGAAAAGAAGACAUGCGCUGCGUUGUGUACAUACAGUCUGAAAAAGGGAAUAUUUGAGGAUUGAAUAUCUCUCCCCAGCAUCUCAAGUGAAAGACUCCACAGAUGUGAGACUCCCGGAGACGUGACUGUUUUUCCGAUGCUUGAAUUGUGUCAGACUUUGGCUUGUAUUUUCUUGUAAUCUUGACAAACGCCAUCUUGUUAUUUGCUCGCAUGUGCUCGUCUUUCUCAGAGGACUGGAAUAAGUCAAGACAAAGAAAAAAAACUCCAUCACAGUCCAUCACAAAACUUUUAUUUUAGCCUCUCAUGCCCAAGGCGCGAACAUUUUUCACACGUUUUGAAAAACCACUGAAGUUACAUCAAGGUAGAAUUAUUGAUCUUGUGAUUGAGUGCAUCUACGAAAUCAACAGACAGCGGAGAGAGCUUUUAUCUCAUUUAAUGUGUACAUUUGUCGCUUUAAAUGUGUGUUUUAUGUGUGCAUACAUGUAAAUACAUUUGGUGUUGUAAAUAAUCGUUUUACUAGGGUAGAAGAGGGAUCACAAAUAUUGUGCAGACAAUUGAUAAAAAAUAAUAGUAGUAAUAACAAUAAUAAUAAACUUUGUCUUUCAUUGCUUUUGUUGUUUUGAAAUAAAUAAUCACCAUCAUAAUGAAAUAAA